AUUAUAAAAAUGCCUUCUAAAAAAUAUCGAACAUAUUAUUCUAAAAAAGAAAAGGAUUAUGCUAUUCAAGAGAUCAAAGAGAACAUUAUAGCGUUAGAAUGUGAUAUAACUAAAAUACAUCAAAAUCUUAAAAGCAUUGGCCGAGAAAUCAAUUAUCUAUAUGAUGCUAUGACCAAAUCAUCUGAGUCCAGUACAUCCGAUUCGAGUUCAGCUGAAGAAGGUGAAAUGUAA